AUUCUGGGCCGGAGGGCAACUUCUCUUGGAUCCACAUCAGGGGUCUAUGUACAACACCGUCCGAUUGUGCCCUUCCUUGAGACCAGAGGCCAAAGGAUCGCUCCACCUCAACACCUCUCUCUUGGGCGCACAUAUUGCGGUCAUCGUUGACCAAGCUCAGUUACGCCAUCGAAGUUUAGAUUCAAACUCUUCCCUUAACUCAAUGGUGACAUUCAACAAUGCGAUCGUCGGAGCGGAACGAACGAAGGAAAACGGAGUGUCGAGGGGACGCAGGAUCACCUUCACCUCCGAGAUUGAAGCCUCUCGGGGGGUGACCCAGAUGAACCUGCAUGAAGCCGACAUCAAUCUGAGAGUGCUUGGAUGGUCUGAGGGUACGACCCUGUGGAUUCGGGCCCGGAUGGGCAGCAAGCGGAACGUCUUCUGGACAAUCGCCUCCGACAACGAACUGCUCCGCUUCCUCGUCGGAUCUUGGGCUCACGACUGCCAGGAGUUCUUCUUCGCGCUUCGACCAAAGGGGCUUCCUCCGCCGCAAACCAUCAGGGUCUGAUCCUCCUGCGAAUCCUCUCGCUAUGCUUAGCUCGACACCAAUAGCUAAAUAGCGAUCCAGUUGAUAACUGAGGUGGUGUCUUUGAGGAGAGGUAAUUCCCGUGUGUUUCUCAACUAAAGUCGUUAUUUAAUGGUAGAUUUAAC